AUGAAAGACCAUUUGCAGGGCGAUGACGCCCAACUAGCUGCCAUGGGCCAUCGGCCUGAAUUGCAGCGUAACUUUUCUACCAUGUCGAUGCUGGGAUUGGCGUUUGCGGUGUUGAAUUCGUGGACUGCUCUAUCGGCUAGUUUAUCGAUUAGUUUAACGUCUGGUGGGAGUACGAGUGUUAUUUGGGGUCUUGUGACGGCUGGGAUAUGUAAUUUGUGCAUUGCGGCUUCGCUGGCAGAGUUUCUGUCUGCGUAUCCUACGGCUGGGGGUCAGUAUCAUUGGGUUGCUGUCUCAUGGCCAAAAUGGGUCCCUAUUCUAUCGUGGGUGACUGGAUGGAUCAAUGUAGCUGGAUGGAUUGCCCUCGUUGCCACGAAUGCCCUGCUGUCAAGUGAGCUCAUCAUGGGAAUCAUAUCAGUUUUGCAUCCGGGCUUUGAAUCUCAGCGCUGGCAGCAAUUCCUGAUCUACAUCGGGUUUACGCUUGGGGCGUUUGUGAUUAAUGCUUUUUUGAACUCGGUUUUGCCGGUGGUUUAUCGUGGGGCUUUUAUCUGGUCCAUUGGUGGCUUUGUGCUUGUUUCUAUUACGGUUCUUGCGUGUGCUUCGCCGGAUUAUAAUUCUGCUGAUUUUGUGUUCCGGAAUUUCAUCAACCAGACUGGCUGGCCGGAUGGAAUUGCCUGGUUAUUGGGACUACUCCAAGGAGGACUGGGAGUCACUGCCUUUGACGCAGUCGCUCAUAUGAUUGAAGAAAUCCCCGGUGCAUCAACCGAAGGACCCAAGAUCAUGGUCUCCUGCGUGGGGAUAGGAACAUUCACAGGUGCCAUAUUUCUUAUCGUACUGCUCUUUGUAGCAGGAGAUAUGAAAACCGUCGUGAACUCCUCUGCUGGCCCUCUGUUGCAGAUUUUCCUCGAUGCAACCAAGAACAAGGCGGGUGCUAUCUGCCUGUUGAUGCUUCCUCUGGUGUGUUUGGCAUUUGCGACAAUCAGUGUGAUGACGACGAGUAGUCGGAUGAUAUUUGCCUUUUCGAGAGAUGGGGGACUGCCGGCAUCUCCGUUUUUUGCUCGAGUUCAUCUGAAACUGGGGUUGCCUUUGAAUGCGCUGAUCUUGACCUCUGGAGUUGUUAUUGCAUUUGGAUUCAUCUUCUUAGGGUCGUCGAGCGCAUUCAACGCCAUUGUCUCCUCGUCUGUCGUCGCUUUGGAUCUGUCGUAUGCAAUGCCCAUUGCCGUCAACUGUCUGCAAGGACGAAACAGCCUCCCAGAGAGAAAGUGGAAGUUACCCAGUGCUGUUGGAUGGGUGGCAGAUAUGAUCUCCCUCUCGUAUAUCCUCCUGACGACGGUGUUGUUUCUCUUCCCCCCUGCUCUGCCCGUGACCGGGAGUAAUAUGAAUUAUUGUAUUGCCGCCUUUGCCAUCAUCGUCAUUGUCUCCGUGUUCCAGUGGUUCGUCGAUGGACACAAGAACUUCACCGGCCCACGCAUCGACCUGACAGCUUAG